GAAAUUGGGAUGGCGACUCAAAAUGCUACAAAUCUCUUAAAUGCGAUUAUUUUACUAACUCCGAACGCAAAUAUUGAAAAAGAUCCCGAGAUUCAGAAAUUGGUUCGCAAAUGCAAAGAUUCUUCAGAACAAUUAGGAAAAAUUAUACCUUUUGUCAUGGAUUCUGACAAAUUGGGUCCUUUAUUACAAGCAAAUGAUCAAACGCUAGAUGCUUUAUCAAAAUAUUCGGAAGUGUGUGAAUCUUUUUCACAAAAUUCCAAAUCGAAAAACAUUUCAUCUGAAAUAAAGCCAAGAAAAAUCUCAUCCCAAGCACAAGAAGCAGCCAAGAUACACAAAGAUCUUGAUCUCAUUGAUUUUGAUUCGUUUUCUGCAUCAAGUCACUCCGCUGAUAACAAUAUAGUUUAUGAUAACAGCUUGCUUGAUGAUCCAUUUGCUGAUCCAUUUGCUGAUCCUAUAUUGGAACCAGAACUUGGUAACAAAACCAAGAAGAAAUACGAAUG